GCCCCGCCCCGAAGGGCCGUUGCAAAAGUUUGCCUCGGAUCCUCUGGGGCAGAGUCUGGGUGAGCGAGUUCAGGGGAGAGCGACCAGGUCCGGGUGCUGAGCGAGGUGGCUGGACGACUCGGAGGAAAACCUGAGGCCAGGAACGACCUCCGGAGCCCCUAGGCUGGAGUCUUAGCUAAGACACCGCAGGAUGCAGCCAGCCCAGAUGUGCCUUGCAAACCGAGAUCCGAUUUUCUGCACUCUUGCUGGAUCCAGGCCUGCACGCCUUCUGGAAUCCACCAUCACCAGCCCAAUUGUUCCCUGAAAUGAACGUUCCUGGAGCGCCCUCUGGUGGACUGUUGCGGUGACCAUCUGUCUUUAGGAAGUCAUGGCAACGCAUGCGCAGACCCACCAGCCGGUCUUAGGAAAUGAUACUCUCCGGAAACAUUACGAUUACGUGGGGAAGCUGAAAGGCAGGCAGGACCCCCCUGAUGAUGGUACCCCUGUCACCACCAUCCUCUUCUUGGUCACCUGUAGCUUCAUCGUCUUGGAGAACCUGAUGGUUUUGAUUGCCAUCUGGAAAAACAAUAAAUUUCACAACCGCAUGUACUUUUUCAUCGGCAACUUGGCUCUCUGCGACCUGCUGUCCGGCAUAGCCUACAAGGUCAACAUUCUGAUGUCCGGCAGGAAGACAUUCAGCCUGUCUCCGACAGUGUGGUUCCUGAGGGAAGGCAGUAUGUUCGUGGCCCUCGGCGCGUCCACCUGCAGCCUAUUAGCCAUCGCCAUUGAGCGGCACCUGACCAUGAUCAAGAUGAGGCCCUAUGACGCCAACAAGAAGCACCGGGUGUUCCUCCUGAUUGGGAUGUGCUGGCUGAUCGCCUUCUCGCUGGGCUCCCUGCCCAUCCUGGGCUGGAACUGCCUGGAGAACUUUCCCGAUUGCUCUACCAUCUUGCCCCUCUACUCCAAGAAGUACAUUGCCUUCCUCAUCAGCAUCUUCACGGCCAUUCUAGUGACCAUCGUCAUCCUGUACGCACGCAUCUACUUCCUGGUCAAGUCCAGCAGCCGACGGGUGGCCAACCACAACUCGGAGAGGUCCAUGGCCCUGCUGCGCACUGUCGUGAUCGUAGUGAGUGUGUUCAUCGCCUGCUGGUCCCCCCUUUUCAUCCUCUUCCUCAUUGACGUGGCCUGCAGGGUGAAUCAGUGCUCCAUCCUGUUCAAGAGUCAGUGGUUCAUCAUGCUGGCUGUGCUCAACUCGGCCAUGAAUCCAGUCAUCUACACUCUGGCCAGCAAAGAGAUGCGGCGUGCCUUCUUCCGGCUGGUGUGUAGCUGCCUAGUCAGGGGCCAGGGGACCCAGGCCUCGCCCAUGCAGCCUGCUCUUGACCCAAGCAGAAGUAAAUCCAGCUCCAGCAACAACAGCAGCCAUUCUCCAAAGGUCAAGGAAGACCUGCCCCACGUGACCACCGCUUCCUGCGUCACUGACAGAAACAGACCGCUUCAAAAUGGGGUCCUCUGCAAGUGACCGUCUCCAGAGGGCCAGCUCUUCAGGCACGCUUAUUUAUUGCACGCAUUACUUCCACGUGGGCUCUUGGAGACCUUGACUUUGGGGGUCUGCUUGACGUGGCCACAGUGUGGCAUCUCCUGAGGAGGGGCCCCGAGGACUCAUCAACGUAUUUCAGCCUGGACGUGGAUGAGCCUUGUCUGUGGCAGGCUCCUUCUUUUCUGAAUGUACCAAGCUGCUGACGUCAUCCAUUGCCUUUGGAUGCCGCGCUCCCUGGUCCAGGGAGAGGGCAGGUGGUGAUGUGCUGCGCACAGCGCACCUUGGGAUGAUGUUUUUUUACUCUCACACUACAUUUAUUUUUCAUAGGUUCAUAUUUUCAUGGGUGCUCAUGUAUGUGUUUGUCUGUGUCCGUGUUGCAUAGUAUGUGUACGCCAGGUUUUCCCAGAUGGAACCCGCGUGAGGUGUCAGUCCUCACGCAUCAUGUAACUGUUUCUCCAAACCUGCCUCCACUGCUGUGCCAGGUUCGGGGUCACCAUGUGCUAAGGUGACGUGCCCUUCCCAGUCCUCUGGCUCUGGUGUUCUAGCUCGUAGGAGUGGAAAGUUACCGAAGCUCUGUAUUCUCAAAAGCCUUCCCCCAAGAGAAGCCCGGAUGUGCGUCCUACCCUCACAUUCCUGUGUCCCUCUCUCUUGUGCCACAUGCAUAAGCUUAAACACAUCUGAAAGCCUAAUUAGGUGACAUUUUGGGCAUUUCUGAAAAUGACAGAAAAGCCAGCCAGGAUAUCUCAGACCCCUGGUAGACCACGAAAGGAGGAGCCCCUGAGGAAGCGGCAAGGUGCUCUCCAUCGUGAGUCUCCUGUGCAAGGGACUGGAUUUCCAGCAGUCCCUCAGUGGUGUGACCCUGAGUUCAAGUCUCCAUACAAGAGCUUGAGGUCAAGGGUCCCCUUUGCUGUCACUGGCAAGGAGCUAGAGCUGUCAGCAAAGUUUCUCAACUCUCUCAGUGUGGGUCCUGACCAGGGCCAUUCAGUGAGAGGACUUUGCCAGGCUAGGAGGGGUGAUGUGUUAUUUAUGCAUUCUUCAGAGAACCGGCGCCAUUCCCUUAUGAUAGACGCUCCCAUCGCUUGGACCUGUGUUCUUUUGUCCACCUUGUAAAGGAAGUGUUCAGAAGGUACCUUGGAACUGCUCCUCCUCAAGGACUCCAGCCACAAGACACACAGAUGGAAAGCAGGUGUGUCUGGGGGCGCUGGCCAGCACCAAUGAUCCCAGAGAAGCCUUCAGACGGACUCUCGCUGAGGGAAGCUCAUGUCAGAGGUCCCUAUAAGUUGAUUAGCAUCAGAGACCAUUGCCUUGUGAGCCCUGAAAGGGCAGCCUUUACAUACCAGGGACCGUUUAAAAGCUGACUUUUCUCUUGGUUACCUGACAGCAUUUGCUCUCGCUUAGGGACUUUUGUGUGGCUCCUAGGUAACCAUGGGCUGAUUGGCUAAGGAGUUUCCUUGAGUCACUCCUGGUGGAUGUAGAGUACAGCCGAGAAGAUGUUCUGCUGGGGCAGUCGCUCUGCUCUCUUCUCUACAUCACUGAAAAAACUAACUUAUUCUCUUGUCAGACAGCAUUGACAAAACCCAAAGCAUUUCUGGGAAAGGAAAGCAUGAAGGCGCUGGGUUAAGGGAAACAGAACACAAACAAACAACCACAACUGGAAAAAAGAAAAACAACAGACCAGUGUACAGGAGAGUUGAGGUGGAAAGAAUGGGGCUUGAGGACAUGCUCUUUCAUAGUUGGAAUGCUUUGAAGCCACGGACCUGGGUCACUAAUAUUAAUAACACACGUCACAUGACCCUGACUUGGGAAAUUCUCCUAUGUCUAUUUUCCUUCCACAGCCCUUGGAGGGAGCCAUGCCCACUGUUCCCACUAGGAGGCAACAACAUUUGUAGCAUGACAGACUUUGAAGCGAUCGAAGUUAAAAGCACACUAAAAAUCUAACUGCGCUCACUUGAUGUAUCCAAAACUGAUCGGUCCCCCAUGCUGCUGGUGCAUUGCUUUCGCUAGCUAGCCACCUGUACAGCAUUUAGACGUCGGGUGUGUCCAAGCCCUCGCCCUGACAGUCAGAAACAAGUGGCCCGACACCAGGGAACUUGGGGCCCACCCAGGGCUGUGUGCAACCUUUAUUACUUGCAGUUUAUGUUUAUUGAUAAUAAAUAAAACUAAAAGACUUCAUAUGAAACCCA